AGACCUACCUACAAUGGCUGGCGUAGGGGCAUCAGUGGGUUUGUGGUUUAAAGCAUGGAAAUGUGCUUCAAGUGACUCCAAAGUGGCGUGAAGAAAUUACAUUACACUCAUAAUGCAUUGUCAUGGUAACCAAGAGGCACUCAAAUGACAGGAUGCAUUUUCAGUGUUCUGAGGCUAGCAUCAGCUCCAACUCCUGCUCAUUAGGUCAGAUAAUAUGCCAUUUUUAUGAUUGAGUUAAGUAGGCUUUUAGGCAUAUAGUUAGUAUAAAGUGUUACUUCAUUCAGCCAUUCAUUCGGAUAGUAGUGUUUUAUGUUUCAAAGGCACAUGGUAGCACUUUAAUCUUCCAAUCUGUGAAUCAUCUACAGCUAUUCCAAAGCAGUGCAAUCAUUUGUCAAAGAUAAAGUGGAAUAUUGGAACUUGAACUCAUGAAAGAAAAAAAAGAAAAAAAAAAACUGCUCCUGAGUGAUAAAGAUAUGAGAGUGAAGGUCAGGAUUAUCAGUUCAUGCCGGCUUUUUGCUAUUCCAAAGGGAUUUCUAAGCACGUUGACCACGACCAUGGCCAUUCUUUCAUGGAGAUCUUUGAGGAUUCUGGGGAUUGCUCUGGUAAUGUCUACAGUCACGUCCUGUGUUAGCAGUGGAAAGGUUUUAAUUUUUCCUAUGGAUGGAAGCCACUGGGUGAAUAUGAACAUACUAGUUGAGGACAUGCACUCCAGGGGACACGACAUCACUGUAAUACGAUGGAACACCAGCUGGUACAUUACGGAAAAGUCUCCCCAUUACACAUCAAUCACCCUCAGUGACAGGACUGGCACAGACAAAGACUUCUUUGACAAGUUCCUGAGUGAGUUCUUGGAAGUGCAACGAGGGAAUAGAUCACUAAUGACUUUUUUCAAAAUGCAGAGUGACUUUUUCACCAUGCUCUCUCAAGCACACCUAAGCAUGUGCACAAUGGUUAGUGAUAUUCUAGAAAAUAAAGAGUUAGUGAAAAGGCUGCAGGACGCUCGAUAUGACCUGGUCCUCACUGACCCCGCUAUAGCAGGUGGAGUUCUAUUGGCACAUUACCUUCAGCUGCCAUUGGUUAUGAAUGUUCGCUGGAUCACCAGCGGAGAUGGCCAUUUCGCCAUUGCUCCCUCACCCUUAUCCUACAUCCCAGUUCCAGGAUCUGGGUUAACUGAUAAAAUGAGCUUUUUUGAAAGAGUAAAAAAUGUACUGUUAUACAGCGUCAUCCUAUACCAGCAGUCUUUUGUGGUUGGGCCACAUUACAAAUUAAUAUGUGACAAAUAUUUUCAUACACCAUGUGAUAUACAAACUCUUAUUCAGGGAACUGAUAUAUGGCUCAUGAGAAAUGAUUUUGUCUUUGACUUUCCACGCCCCACGAUGCCCAAUGUUGUGUACAUGGGAGGGUUCCAGUGUAAGCCAGCCAAGCCUCUUCCCCAAGACCUGGAGGAGUUUGUGCAGAGCUCUGGAGAACAUGGAGUCAUAGUUAUGUCGCUGGGGACUCUGGUUAAUAGUCUCCCCAGUGAACUCGCUGAGGACAUUGCCUCCGUGUUCGCCCAGUUGCCACAGAAGGUAAUCUGGAGGUAUGUUGGUCCACGACCUUCAUCCCUAGGCAACAACACCCUGUUGGUCAAAUGGAUGCCACAGAAUGAUCUCCUGGGCCAUCCAAAGACAAAAGCCUUUGUGGCGCAUGGAGGAACCAAUGGAGUUCAAGAGGCCAUUUACCAUGGCAUGCCAGUAGUGGGAAUCCCAUUAUUCUUUGACCAAUACGACAACCUCCUUAGACUGAAAAGUAGAGGAGGAGCUGAGAUCCUCGAAAUACGAACUUUUAACAAAAACACCUUCCUCCAGGCCUUACAGGGAGUGCUCAAUGAACCAUCCUACAGGAUGAACAUGCAGAGACUCUCCAGGCUGCACCUGGACCAGCCAAUGAAACCACUGGACCGUGCAGUGUUCUGGAUUGAGUUUGUCAUGAGACACAAAGGUGCUGCUCACCUGCGCACAGAGUCCUACAAGAUGCCCUGGUAUGCCUACCACUCCGUGGACGUGAUAAUGGUGCUCCUGGCUGCUGUGUUGGUCAUACUUCUGAGCACUGUUGCUUUUGUCAGAUUUCUGUGCUGUCAAGUUUGCUGUAAAAGAAAAAUGAAACAAGCAUAACUGCAUGAGGCAUGACCAGAAUUUAUAUAGCAAUGAUGUAAACAACAAAUUGAAUAGGCUGAAAUAAAUUCAUUUAAACCAUCUGUCAUACUUCCAGUCCAAUCAACAAGAAAACAAGAAAACAGCCAAUAUCACCAGAAUUAAACAUAACUGUCAAAUGCAUAAUGUAUCUUCAUUAUCACAAAACCAAGAGUAAAUUAAAAAGCCAAACCACAUAGCCAGUGUAGAACAUGGAAUCAUACAAUUAGCUAUUGACAUACACUCCCAUAAUGUAAGUCACACAUGAAUGUUGUGCAGUGCCUUCUAUUCUUCUUGACUCUGUCUCUCUCUCACUCUUUCAUAAAAAUAUACAGGAAACGAAAAAACACAUGCUGAAGUAUGUGUAUCUGAAAUACUCAAAUACUUUGGUUUUCUUUUAAACAUCUCUCUGACCAUACAGUGUAAUACUACAAAAAUAAAUUAUAAAUGUUGCUGAAAA